AUGUCUGCCAACGAAACUUACGACUAUGUCAUCAUCGGAGGCGGGCUUGCUGGCUCGGCUCUAGCCGGGCGCCUGGCCGAACAUCACCCCUCAAGAUCAAUUUUAGUCCUGGAAGCCGGCUCUAACGUUGUCGGACACCCAUUAACUAGCUCCCCACUCGCCUGUUUUGGGGCUCAUUUAUCACCGAUUGAUUGGGCAUAUACCACUGUACCGCAGAUUCACCUCAACGGUCGUCGAUGCUACGCAGCUGCCGGCAAGGCGCUUGGUGGUGGCACCGCCACUAACUAUGGCACAUGGACACGAGGAAAUGCCGCCGAUUAUGAUCUCUGGGCGGAGAUGGUGAAGGAUGAUUCUUGGAACUACAAGGCCCUACUGCCGUAUUUCAAGCGUACUGAGACACACUGGGAUCCCAAUGCCGAUACGUCGGCUCAUGGCCGCUCAGGCCCCAUUCACAAUGCGACAGUUGCUUCCAGCAGUGCGGAUCGGAAAUAUCCACUGCGCGAUACGUUGAAAGAAGCAUGGGGUAGAUUGGGAGUCCCGACCAUAUCGGAUGGAAAUAGUGGCUCUCCAUUGGGCCUUGCAGAGCUCACUGAGAACUGGCGCGACGGCCAACGCCAACUCGCGAGUGAAGCAUACGGAAUAGCCAACAAGCCAAACAUCACUAUCAAGACCGAGACACAAGUGAAAUGCGUGCUACUUUCAGAGGGAACAGGAAAGAAGGUCGCAGCUGGGGUCGAGCUUCUAGACGGAACGAAAUUCCACGCAUCUCGCGAAGUCGUGGUCUCCGCAGGAGCCUACCGUACCCCACAAAUACUAAUGCUCUCAGGCAUCGGGCCUCGUGACGAGCUUGCAAAACACAACAUCCCUGUCCAAGUAGACGCAUCAGAAGUAGGUCGCAACUUCCACGAUCACUUCUCCUUCAACCAGUGGUGGAAGCUCCGCAACCCAGAAAAAGGCUUGUCGGUCGGAACGCCUCUCUGGAGCAGUCCAGCAUAUGGCCUCGGACUUCCUAGUAGCUGGGUUGCUACUGUACAGACACCACGCGAGGAAUUAAAGAGUGCCUUGCAAGCAGACGGUGUGAAAGAGACAUCCAGCCAUCCGUACCUAGCUCCAGAAUUCGCCCAUGUCGAAACUCUGGUUGUAUAUGCCCCUGCCGGUGCAUCUGUAGCCGGAGUGGAAGUCCCUAUGGACGGAACUCAUAUUGCUUCUGCCGUGUUGGGUAUUGUUCCUACUUCUCGAGGAAGCAUCACGCUUGCGUCGGCGGACCCGACUGUCGCGCCAUUGAUAGAUCCCAACUACUAUGCGACAGAGGUCGAUCGAGCGGCACUGCGGGCCGGUGUGAGACAGGUCACGAAGUUGCUCAUGGAUACACCCGAGGGUCGGGAUACUGUGGCGGAGGAAGUUCCUCGUCCUGGGCUUGGACCUUUGAGUGGUUCGUCGACAGAUGCGGAGGUUGAUGAGGCGAUCAAACUUGGGGGUGCGACGUUCUAUCAUCCAGCUGGGUCAGCGGCUAUGGGUAAGGUAGUCGAUACUCAGCUGCGGGUAUAUGGAGUCGAGGGCCUGCGAGUUGUUGAUGCGAGUGUGCUUCCGUUGUCUUUGGCAGCUCAUUACCAGGCUGCCAUUUAUGCGAUCGCUGAGAAGGCUGCGGAUCUCAUGUCUGCGUAG